AGUGGGGAGGGAGGGCAUAAAGGGAAGGCCUUGAGAAGUUCCUUUUUCUUCUUGCAAGAGCUAUCCUUUGGUUAGGAGCAAAUGAAGCUAAGCUCUCUAAAUGCAGUGUAGGAUAUCAUGAGUGGCCCAGGGGGAGAAUAGCUGCUGAUGCAUGUUUUAAUGAAGAUGCUUGUGGGGGAAAUUGCCAUGAAAUUGCUCUUUCCUCUUUUGCUUUUUUCUUUCUUGCUGGGGGAGUAUGUGAGCAACUGGACUCCAAAGACAUUACUGACCUCUGCUCUCGAUGUAGUGGAAGAUGAGGGAAGGGCAAACACCACUCUUGGCGAAUCGCAGGAACUGAAACCACAUCUCCCCUGGAUAUCCAUGUACAUUCCUGAGAGAAGCUGCCACCAAGAACUGAGAGAGAAACAUGGGGAGUUUUCCCCCCCAACACAUCCCAAUGGCUUUGAAGGGAAUAUCUGGUGCAACUGGACUGUUUGGGCAGGCUCUAGGAAACACAUCAUUAUUUAUAUUAAAGGAUUUAAAAGUGACGAGGGCUGUGACAACAAUAAGGAUAAGAUUUUCUUUGAUGGAGUUUCUUCCCUAGCAGAGAACACUGUGGUAUAUGCUUGCUGGAAGAAAGAGAUAUUUGUCUUUGCUACUUAUGCUCGAGGUGUCCAUGUGGUCUUCUUGAUGAGACAUUCCGCCAAACCUAGGAAAGAAAGGUUUUUAGGGAAGUACUACAUCUUUAAGCAUCGAGGAACUAAGCCUACCAAGGAUGCUGUUAGCUUUGAAGUGUCUACUCCAGAACCAAACCAGCUGAUUACUGACAACGUUCCUCAGUCUAACAAAGAACCAUGGGUCUUCAUGCCAGACCAUGAAAACCCUAGUUUAUCUGCACGUCAUAGUACUGACAAGACACCUGAGCUUAAUGAGUCCUUGCAAGCCAAAAGAGCAAAUGCACACAGUGCCGCUCUUACAGGCUCUGUUCAGCAAGCUACAAGGUAUCUAAACCAAAUGUUGGCCAGUCUCUACCUACUCCCCACAUCAUCAGACAGUGAAAAGUCUCCUUGCAGUCUAAAGUCUCCUGGAGAACAAACAGCAGCCCUUAGCUCUUCAAGCACUGAAGAGAUUCUAGUGUACCUGGGUGAAUCAGCUGUUGCUUCAGAUGUUCUUUCUGAGGUUCCUUUCUUAGAUUUGUCACCCCUAAUAGAACCUUCCAGUCUGGUAGGACGAAUGGAAUUUCCAAGCAGAAAACCAUUAAGUACCAACGUGGGGGCCUCUGUUAAAGGUAAUUUACAGACAGGAAGUGAAUCGGCACAGCCAGUUUAUCUUGGCUUGGCUACACAUUCUCUGAAUCUAGCCUAUGGCAUGGUAGCCACCACUACAGUAGAAGUGACCACUGAAGCUAGUUCUCAGGGUUACAAAAAGAUUAUACCAAUGAACUUCCAGGCAAGCAUCUUGUCUCAUAAUGUGGUUGGCAGAGAUGCCACCGGCUUUGAGGCUUCCUCACUAUUUAGCCCUGAGCAGAAUUGCACAAGUACAAAGAUUUAUGAGGACCACCUGCUUUUCCAUUCCAAGACAUCAAAGAGAGGCACACUGGAAGGUCAGCCUGAAAGUUCUAUGCUAAUAUACAAUGAUGUUGACAUGGUUAGUGAAUGGGAAACUGGAACUGCAUCAAUCUUUGAGGACGCCACUAAGAUGUUGGGUAUUGAUCCCAUUUUAGAAAGCUUUGUGGAGGGCAGUAACCAGCUAAAACUCCCUUCAGCUACAACAGAGCUGUGGAGCAUUCUGGAAGGUGGACUCCAUCUGAGGCCCAGAAACGGUUACCAUGAGCAAUCAAGUGAUGAUAUCUUCCUAAAUCUGCCCUCUGUGAUGCCAGGUGGGUCAGGCAAGUUUAACUUAGAAGCACAAAGCAGCCAUCUUCUGGAAAUGGCUACAAAACAUGAGUCUUUUCUCUCACCUAGUGAAACCGCAGUUGUCCCUUCCGCUGCUACAGGCUUGGUGCUUUCCCCAUUCCAGCAGGAUCUCAUUCUCUCUUUAGGGACAACAGACUCUGUUCCUUUUCCUGCUAUGGAACUGGAGCCUUCACUCUCCCACAGCACAGCAGCGACCCUUUUGCUUGCCAUUCCAGAUAUAGAGCCUACCCCCUUGGAAUUGGAACAUGCUCUCUCCCCAUCUAUGGCACUGAUCUCUUGGUUCACAUCUAUAGAACCAGAGCAGACCCUUUCCCUAGCUGCCAUGCUUCUGAAGCCCACUGUUUCUAAACAUGACCCCAUGGCCUCUGAAGUCACUGUAGCAGACCUUUCUCUAGGUGGUGAAGAGCUGGAGCCCAUCCUUUCUGAACCGGAGUAUGCCUAUGGUGAAACGGCAACCAUUUUGGGAGCAGCUACAAAACUGGAGGCUAUUCCCUCUGCAAAUGUUGCAAUUCCAGAGUCUGCCCUGACACCAAGAACCACAGUAAAUUCUCUAACAGCUACAGAGACCAUGUCUGCUUUAGCCCAAGAUAAUGAAAUUACCCUUUCCUUUGGAUUAUGGAUGGCAAAUGCAGUUAAAACCAAGGUCCCUUUGAGAAGUUCUUGCUGCCAACAAGCACCACAUGCUUCUGAAGAGGAGGAAAUGCCUUUAGGUACACUUUGCUCCUCUAGUUUGCCUGUUCCUAGGAUGGGAGCUCCAUAUCAUGAUCACUAUACAGCUUUUGUUUCUACAGAACUAGAACACCUUUCCCCAAGCACUGAAGCAUUCCCAAUUGGGCAACCUUUAUUGGAAGGAAAAUAUGGUGAUGGUUUUCCUACAAAGCCUGGAAAGGGACACAGAAAUUAUCUCUCCAAACCCUUCGAUUUGGCAUCGGAGCAGGAUCCAUCCCUUGAGUUGGGAUUCCCUUGGCUGUUGAUGUAUCUUCCUGUAAAAAGUUGCCACGUUACUUUGAAGGAGGAAGCUGGGACUUUUUCUCCUCCAGUUCUUAGUAGGCACACCAAUAACUGGUGCAACUGGACCAUCUGGGCUGGUCCUAAGAAGCAUAUAUUGAUUUACAUAGAAGGAUUUGAGGGGAACUCAGAUUGUGACGAAAACCAGGAUAUGAUCAUAUUUCAAGGGAUCUUGUCGAGUGUUGAAAGCAAAGUAGCUUAUGUCUGUGGAAAUCAUGGAACUUUGAUCUUUGCUGCUCAGGCUGUGGCUGCCCAUGUAGUGUUUUUGUCAAAAGCUGUUUCUCGAAACCAUAGUCAUAAGCAUUUUAAAGGAAAGUAUUAUAUAUUUGAAGAUUAUGAAACAUCAGAUUUGACGGGUGGUGGUGUGGCUGCUGAAGAUCCAGUUUUGCAAUCAAACAACAGUUUUAUAUUUUCCCCUAAGUCGUAUGUAAUGCACUCUAGACAUAUUUUGGACUUUGUAAAGACCAGCAGAAAGGCUAGGAAUGAAACCAAUCUGCCAGGGGCUAGCAGAGAGAGGUGGGACAAAACUGACAACACAACUAGUUCAGAAGCAUCCCUAAGCUCCACACAAGCUUCUCUCUCUAAAGCCAUAGGAAACGUUACCUUGAAUGUUCUUGACCUGAAGAGGGUGCAGGCUGCAGGAUCAUCUGUUGAUGAUGAGAACAGAAGUAGGCAUAAAACUCUUCCUGUCAGUAUAAGUAAAACUCCAGCCUUGGGAGCAAGUAGUAAUGAGGAAAAAGCCACAACGUACAAACCAACUGUCCCUUCAGCCUUUCCACAGCUAUCCCAGAGGUUCAGAAUGAUGACAAAACUGGAGGUAGUGAAAGAUUCUGGAAUGACCACUGAAUCGGCCAGCCUUGGAAAUAAUGGCCAUAUGACCACAAUCUGGAGGCUGGCAUACCUGAAAGGUACUGGAAGAACAGCUUUUAGAAAAACUGCCUUUCCAAAUGAUGUUGCUUUUCCACAUGUCUCCUUGGAAAAGCAGAAAACUCCAGCUUCUCCUCCUCAGAGUAGCCCAGAGGUGAAGGAAGAACUGAUUGGCCAGUCACUGCAAUCUAAUGCUGGGCUCCCUAGGAAGAUGAUGGAUGUAAUGGAGUUUCAACACGUGGAAGGUAAGGAUGCACUUGAACAGAUGAACCAUCACAGUUAUAAAGAAGAUAAUGGCAACAGGGAUCAGUUUGUGGCAGAAGCUGCUCCCAGGGGAGGGAAUGGAGCUGAGCCUCUGAUUACAGAAAUACCAGCAACUCCUACCAUUAGAAGAAAAUUCCAUCUGACCAGUUUGGGCCGCCCUAAGGUGCUGAAUGCCCCUCCUUUGCUGAGGACACUUAAUGGUGGCCUCACGGGCACCACCACUUUAAAUCGACAGGUUGUUCUCUUCAGUAACUUGAACAUCACCACCACAGAGACAGCUGUUACCUCACGUCCUGAGGAUUCAGGAACCAGAUGCACAGGUUGCUCACAAAGGAAGGGCCUGAACCCCACUCCUCCCUACUUCCCUUCUGGUUGGUUGCUGAGCAAGAAAAUAUCCUUGGGAGGAGAACAUAAAAACAAUUCUUAUGAGAUUGUUUCCAUCUUUAGGUCACAUGAAAAUGAUACCAAAUUUGAAUCCCAACACAAUCCUGGAGAUGUUCUAUUUGAAAUAACUUUCAGCACAGAACACAAAGGACAGAUGCCCCCAAAUGGGAGUGAGCAGGAAAAAGCCCUCAUAGAAUCCAUUAAGCUUCAGGUCCAAGAAAGAGUGAAACUCCUCUCAAAUGAAGUCAAAGAAGUCAGAUUAAAAGAGAUCAUAAGGAAGAAAAGAAAGGAAAUGAAAAGAAAAAAUGGUCCAAACCUGCUGUUCACAUUCUGGCUGCAUCUAAAACCAGAAGAAAAGAACAUCUCUCACGUAAUACAUUCUCAGCUGAAAGACCUCCGUGGCACCUCCGUGGGAGUUGGAGAGCUUCGGCUGGUUUCAGUGGGAGAUGUGAAUGAGUGCACCUCAGGAAUAGGACUAUGUGGUGAUGAGUCAAUCUGCCUCAAUGGAUAUGGUACAUACUUCUGUCAAUGCAAAGAAGAGUAUGAGGACCGUUCUUCGACAAAAUUGGGUACCCUGUGUGUUCGUAGUCCACGAGCAGGCAUUGGCUCCUUGUACAGCUACACAGAGAUCCUUGUAGGAACCACUGUCUUUUUCAUCUCUGCCCUUGUAGUGGUGAUCAGUGUGCUGUGUACAAUAGUAAAGAAGAAAUGUACAAAGGACAAUGUACACUUUCAAGAGGCUGCCUUGUCGGGGACACCAGCAUCCUCACAUUUGAGGCCCACUGCCUUUGAUCAGAAUAACAUCCAUAAUCUCCUUACUCUAGACCCUGCCCAGUUAAAACUUAGAGCCAAACCACCGGAAUGGCCCUUGCAACUGAAGACUAGUCCUAGUGAAAUGUACAGAGUAUCUAUCGAGCAGUCUGAAUGCUUAUAAAAAAAGAUUUCAGACCCCCUUUUUCUUACUAGUAUUAAACACUUUUAUUUAUUCUGAUGGAGCAAAUACAGCUUUCUGUUUCUUGGCACAUUGUAAACUAUUUUUGUGUUACCCUUUCCUUCUAUACCUUAGUGACCGUUUAACUUGUAUGAUAUAUUUUUUCUCCCAAUGUUUUGGCCAAUAUAUCUAUAUCUAUAUAUUUUUGUCUGGAUUUGUGUAAAAUAGGAAUGAAACCAGCUAUGGUUAAUGGCUGUUAAUAAAAUCUGGAAAUUUGCUCUCCAUGAA